AGAGCUAGCCGGUGCCUGAGUAGAGGAGAGUCGGGAAAAUGAUAUCCCAAAAAGGCCAAAAUACCAUACCUCCAUUGACAAAGAUUUUAGGCCUUCUCUUUCUUACUAUUCUGUUCUUGUUGGUGGUUCAUGGCGAGGUGCAUCACUAUGAAUUUGUUGUUAGGGAGAAAAACUUCACUAGGCUAUGUGAAACAAAGAGCAUGCUAGUCGUGAAUGACAGCUUUCCAGGUCCGGAGAUACGAGUUCACAGAGGAGACACAGUUUAUGUUAAUGUUCAUAACCAAGGAUAUUAUGGUUUCACUAUUCACUGGCAUGGAGUGAGACAGCCCAGAAAUCCAUGGUCAGAUGGUCCAGAAUAUAUAACACAAUGUCCAAUUUCGCCCGGGACUAAUUUUACUUAUGAAGUCAUAUUGUCUGAAGAAGAGGGAACUCUAUGGUGGCAUGCUCAUAGUGAUUGGACAAGAGCGUCAGUUCAUGGUGCCAUUGUUAUCUUACCUGCUGUUGGAACCACAUUUCCAUUUCCUCUACCAGAUGAAGAUGAGACCAUUGUGUUGGCCUCUUGGUACAAGGGAGAUUUGAAAGCAGUGGUUGAUACGGCUAUGGAAACUGGUAGCGAUUUACCCUCUUCUGAUGCUUACACUAUAAAUGGCCAACCAGGGGAUCUUUGUCCAUGCUCCAGUGAAACAACUUAUCGCCGUAAGAUAGAUUACGGCAAGACCUACCUUCUUCGGAUAGUGAAUGCAAACUUGAAUGCAGAAGUCUUCUUUGCAAUUGCUCAACACAAUCUUACAGUGGUAGGCCUUGAUGGAGCUUAUAUAAAACCCAUAAGCACAUCUUACAUAAUCACACUUCCAGGACAAACAAUGGAUGUCCUAUUCGAAGCAAAACAGCCUCUUGGCCAAUAUUACAUGGCUGCUCGGAUAUAUUGGACUGAGGAUGCUGAAGUUGAUAAUUUUGACCAUGAAAAUGCUACUGCCAUCUUUGAAUACAACGGCAACUAUACCUCCCCAACAUCUCCUUCUUUUCCAAGUACCCUUCCCUCAUAUUUGGAUUAUUUUGGAGCAUUGAAGUUUACUGACCAAAUUAAAAGCCUAGCGACUCCUGCAUACCCUGUCAAUGUACCAGUGAACAUUUCUACCAAAAUGUAUAUAGUAGUGUCGAUGAAUUCCCUAUCCUGCGAACAUUCUGGAUGCGAUUCUGAUCAACAAAUCGCUACAAGCCUAAACAAUAUCAGUUGGGCAAACCCCGGAAUAGAUGUUUUGCAGGCAUACUACAGAAACCUAAGUGGAGUUUAUACAACAGAUUUUCCAGAGCAGCCGCUUUCGUACUAUAACUUCACAGAUGUAAGUUUUGAUCCAGAAAUUGUGUUCACAGACCAAGCGAGAAGAGUAAAGGUGUUGAAUUACAACGAAUCGGUUGAGAUUGUUUUUCAAGGCACCAAUGUGCUAGAUCAUUCCAUGAGUCAUCCCAUGCAUUUGCAUGGCUAUAGCUUCUACGUGGUCGGAUAUGGUUUUGGGAAUUAUGACAAUGUGACUGACCCGAAACGAUUUAACUUGGUUGAUCCUCCUCAAGUAACUACUUUCGCGAUUCCAAGGAAGGGAUGGUUGGCCAUCAGAUUUACUGCAAAUAAUCCUGGUGUUUGGUUUUGGCAUUGUCAUUUCGAAAAACACUUAAGUUGGGGAAUGAAUGCUGCGUUUAUAGUGAAGAAUGGGGGAACUCCGGAGACUAGCAUCCGCGAUCCCCCAACCUACAUGCCUCCAUGCAGAGUUUUGUUAAAUUCUCACGUCCAAGAUUUUGAUGCAAAUACGGUGAAGCAGUAAAGUCAUGUUAGAAUAAAAAUUUCUUGAUGUUCUAAUUUCUUGACAUGACAUACAUAAAUACCGUAUAUAUUUAUGUAUGUCAUUUAGAUAUCGGAGCUAGUUGAAAUUUUGCUUUCUUUUUUCUUGUAUUGCGCGCUUUUUAUUUGUAAUUUUUAGGCAAACAAUGCUAUGAUUAUGAAGCAUGUUGAUUGCCGAUAAGAUUUAGUCUGUAUACAUCAACGAGUCAAUUGUGAGUCGAACUCACGAUCUCCCAC